CACACCCUCGUAUUCUUCUGUUUUCCAGAUACACGCUCGGUGGGCUACCUGAAUUGUCAGAGGGUGACCUACCCCUGCAAGAAUUGCGGAAAGGUCUACAGCUACUACUCCAGUCUGGCGAGGCAUCUGAAGCACGAGUGCGGCGUGGAACCCAAGUUCCACUGUCCCUUGUGUCCUUACAGGACGAAGCAUAAAUCGAGCCUGAACACCCAUCUGAAUGGCAGGCACAUGAAACUGCUGAACGAAUACUACGCCGAGCCCAUGCGGCGUAUGUCCAAUGGCAACAAGAUCUCCUCGCUGGACACCGGCAAUUAGAUCGAAACCGUCGAAAUCGCGCGCAUCUCGACGAGAUAUUUCGUGCGCGCGCACGUAUAUAUGUGUAAUGUUUUUGUACUGGGUGAUUCGGAAUCCGCGUGUCCUCUUCUUUUUCUUUCUUUCAUGCACUACUCGCGAUUUUGUAAAAUGCGUAUCGGUUUGAUUCUGCGAUUGCAGUAUUAAGAAAGUAUAAUGUUAUGUAUAUUUGGAAGUUGUAAGAGUAUAUAUUUAAUAGUAUA